CCCACCGCGGAGCACCUCUCUGCUCGUCCACCGAUUAGGAGCUUCCCUGGAAGGAACAGUAAAGGAAAAUCCCUAAACUCCGCUGGCUGAGCAGCCCGCCUUCGGCCUGAUGAAGCCUCCUCCUCUUCUGACCUUCCUGUGCCUUCUGGUGGCCCUGGCUGGGGGGAACCUGGUCCAGUUCGGGGUGAUGAUUGAGAAGGUGACCGGGAAGUCGGCGCUGCAGUACAACGACUACGGCUGCUACUGCGGCAUCGGCGGCUCCCACUGGCCGGUGGACGAGACGGACUGGUGCUGCCACGCCCAUGACUGCUGCUACGGGCGUCUGGAGAAGCUGGGCUGCGAGCCCAAGCUGGAAAGAUACAUUUUCACUGUCAGCAGGUGCAACAUCCUCUGCGCCGGCAGAACUGCCUGCCAGCGACAGACCUGCGAGUGUGACAGGACGGCUGCUCUCUGCUUCCGCCAAAACCUGGGCACCUAUGACCGCAAAUACGCCCAUUACCCCAACAAGCUGUGCACGGGACCCACCCCGCCCUGCUGAGCCGUGCCCCAGCUCCUCUGCUGUAGCCCGAGGCCUGGGGAACAUUGGCACCAAAGACCCUCCUUCUGGAAAAUUCCUUUCCUGCAACCCACCCCUCCCUGAGGAUGCCCAGAUUGUGGCCUGGAUCAUGGCUGGCCUCCCAGGCCACCGCCCCCUUCAACACCCAGAAGACUGUAACCCACCCCCGGAAUCUCAGCCACCUGCUCUGAAGAAGUGAAUAAUGCUUCCCGCCCUCCUAACGUUCUCUGGCCCUCAGAUCCCAUCCCUGUAGGACUCGGUUAACCUGCGGCUUUCAUUCACUCAUUCAUUCCUUUCGGGAGCCCUCCUGUACGCUAGCAACGAGCUGAGCCCCGAGCAGCAGCUGGGAGGAAUCCGACCCGGGUGGCCCCUGCGUGCCAUUCCACCAUUCUGUCCUUUUCACUUUCCAUGAUAGUUUCUGUGCUUCUUUUUCUAAUACUCUACAAUCUUGCCCAAGACAAUAAUGGCAAUCUCCGGAAGGAAUAUUUCUGGCCAUGUGGUGGGAUGUGAGGAGCAUGAAAAAUACCAACCUAAAAAUAUUGUCCCCAUUGUGCCAUCAGGCACCGAAUCCCUCCCAUCACAGACUCAGUAAAAAGUAGCUCUGGGACCAUCUUAGCCAAAUUCCUUUUGACAGGCAGGCGCCCAGGGCCCAGAGAGGGCAAGUUCUAGCUGAGGGGUGCUCACUAGCUGAGGCCAGUGCAUCUUCAGUUCUUCACCAGUCGGUACAAGCCACUGACACCAACCCUCCAUGCUGGACAGACCAGAGCUCCGGGGGCAGGGCAGCCUCCUGAUUCAGGGAGGGGAGGAGAAAUUUCCACAUUGUGGGGCUGGCUCUUGCAUGGUGGGGUAUUUAAUGCAUCAAAGGAUUCCCAGGAGGUGGCAGGCAGCCUGUCCUGGAAGCGACAUGGAGCGACAUGGAGCGGCAGAUUCUACUCCCAGACCUAGAUAUGAGAUCUCCACUGUCUAUAAUACACUGAUAAAUCUUCCAGGAUUGGGGUGAACCUAUUCAAUGAGAUUGAGGGCGCAAAAAGGCAUUGCAUAGGGCAAAGGUCACAGUGGACAUGCAAUAAAGAAAUCAAAAGGAUGGUUGUCAUAUAUGUCAAAAGGUGAAGAAGUUCUAUGCCAGCCAAAGGAUGGAGGCAGCUGUGUGAGCUUUGCUCGGUCAAGAACCACCAGGUCAGGUUUUAAAGCAAAAAUAGGCACAUUUGUUGGAAAAGUGGUCCUGAGGCGCCCUCUUGUGGUCAUUUUAUUCAGGCUCCUAGAAGGAAACCGAUGUUGCUUUGAACUUGUAUUUCCUUUCAUGGGUGUGAGGGCAAAGUAUGUUUCUGGGCUAGUGAAAUCGGUCCCCUUGAAUUUUCAAUAAUAAAUAUGCUAAAAAACAACCAAGUAAGUUUUUACAACCAUCUUAGACUGCUGGUACAGCUGCAUAAAUGAGAAACUUGGGAAGAAGAAACUGACUUGGGAGAGAUGGAGAGGUUAUGUUCCAGGUGGGAUAGAUUUCAGGUAGCAAUGGGACAAGGACCUGGUGGUCUAGCAGCUGUGUAACCAUCUGACAAAGUGAAACUGGAACUUAACACGACUUCAGUACCCCUGUUGUGACCUU